AUGGGUAACGGGGGCCUUGGAAUAGCUCCAUGGGAUGAUGGAGAAUCAGAGCUAGAGUUUAGGAAGUUGAAUGGGCCAGGGAUGCAGGGACCCUUGGAGGCAUUAAGGGGGAGGGGAUGGAAUACACAGAGGGCCUCCUUCUCUUUCAGAUUGGUAAUUGCCCUCUCUCCUGACACAGUAGAUUACUGCCACUCCUACGAACUGUUCAAUAGGUGGUGGCAUGGGCAUGUCCUGGCUACACAGCGGCCCAGUCUCUUUAUUUUGAUGUUAGUGUGAUUAGGGAGUCUGCCCUUGUUCUGUGCCCUGGGACCCGAGCAUGUGGGAGCAGGGCAGAGGGGUGGCAGGAGGCCAGGGGUUGGAUCAUGUUCCCCUGAAAUGCUGGGAAGCAAUAAGCCUCCUCCUCCCCCCACCAUUUUUCUGGAGAUUAGGACUUAUUCUCACAGCUGGAGGAAGCUCAACAACUUUCCUGAGGACAAUGAUUGUUUGAAAGGCUUGUUUUGUAAGGAAGCCAGGACGAAUGUAUAAGUUAGAUGAGCUAAAACAGUUCCUCACUUGGUCUAGUUUUCUGGGCCAGGGGAGUAAGUGGAAUUCACUUCUCUAUACGAAUAAGCCCAUCCAUCUCUUCUGUUCAUGAACAGAGACAGAAAGAAUGCUUGGCAUGACAUGCCUCUGAGGGAGGCUCUGGGAGGAGGCCAAGCUGGCAGGUUCGGGUUCUUUGCCCUUGCUAGGGCCUAGGUCAGAGGGAAAAGAAACAUACUUGUACCCUUCCCUCACCACCUCGUAGGUCCCCAGGUACCAGGUGCCCAGGGAAGAAGGCCUUCACAAUGAUCCCCCAGCUCAGAACAGCCCCUGCACACCCAGUAACCGGCAUCUGGCUUCUCCUUAGCUUCGUGCAGCUGUGGAUUUUGGGAAAGUGGCCUCUCUAAUCUGAGCUUGCCAAAAAAAAAAGUGCCCCAGCAC